AUGAAGAAGCUAGAGGAAGCUGUUAGAUCCAUUAAAGUGACAGGGUUGUUUUGGGGACCAUCAAAGAUUGUCACAGUUGGUUAUGGAAUCAAGUUGUUGGGAAUUGAGUGCAUGGCCAUUGGAAAUCUUGUGCGUCCUGUAGGCUAUGAUGAUGAGGAUGAUUAUUUUGACCUUUUCGGGGAAGAGAGAGGAGGUUCUUUGAAAGCAUCCACAAAGAAGAUCCAAUUUGGUAAGUCAGGGUUAUUGCUUCGUAAGGUGUAUGGUGAGGACAUAAACAAGGCCAAGGAAUCUGUAAGAUCCUUUAAGAAGGAAGGAGUAGUUUUGGGAACAGCAAGGAUUGUCAAUGCUGGCAAUGGAUUCAAGUAUCUGCGGACCGUAUUCACCAUCCAAUUAGAAAAUGAUGACCAUGUGUGCCUCAACACCUUUUUUAGAAGAUAUUACUCUACAAUCGCUUUGAAAUGA